AUCAUUUCUUCCGUUAGAAAAGUCAAAAGUUUCAAGCAGUGUAGAUCGGUAUUUGGAAAAUGGCGUUCGGUUUAAAAGAAAUCGGACUUUUCCUCGUCCUUCUAUUUGUACCUACUGUGAUGUCGGUGGAACUAAAGUCGCCUGAGUCAAGUUUUCCAACAGGCGAUUACAGAAACUGUUUGUCUCAACUUGGUAAAAAUGUGGACAUUUUUGAAGUUCUUCCAAUUCAUGGAUGGGAUAAUUUACGUAAUUUAGAAACCGGUGUCGUCAUAUUUGCAAAUUAUUCGAAAUGUAUGCUAACCGAUGAUGGAAAAUAUUUGAUUCCGGAUGAUGUAUAUCUUAUUCCACUAAAGAUGAGUAAAGUUCACGAGUUUGCUGAACUAAUUACCCAUUGGACGAAUUAUUCAAGUGUAACCUCAAAAUCAAUCAAUGUUGAUGGAGGAUUAAACAUUUUUAGCUUUGGAAUCAGUGGCAAGUUUUCUGAUAGUUACCAAAACACCAAAACUAAGCAAGUUUACGACAAAUCUUAUACCACCAGAGUUCAGCUACGUUAUAUUCAAUAUACGGCCAAACUUCAACCGUUCGCGCCACUGCAUCCGUCCUUCAAGUCAGCCUUGUUAAAAAUUGCUAGAUUUAUUCAAAUGAACCAAACGGAUGAUGCCAGAUACCAAAGUGAACUUCUUGUCAGGGAUUUCGGAACUCAUGUUGUUACAAGUAUUGAUGCAGGCGCUGCACUGGUUCAAGAAGAUUUUGUAACUAGAGAAUUCAUCAUGAAGUAUGAAUCGAAAAAACACGAUAUACUAGCUGCUGCCAGUGCCAACUUCUUCGGUAUAGCUCAUCUAGGCAUAACCCAUACGUCCUCUUCCAAGAACACUAUGUCAGAUUCGUAUGACAAAAGUAAAACAAGUUCCGAUAUAUCGACCUAUGGUGGUUCCAUUUACAUGUUUGCAAACUAUACAGCCACGGAUUGGGCCGGCAAGUUGGACAACAAUCUUGUGGCCAUGGACAGGUCAGGCGAUCCACUUUACUAUGUUAUCACCCCAGACAACUUGCCUGAGGUGCCCGUAUCAAUUGUAAGAGAAGUUGCAGACACUGUUCAGAAAUCAAUUGAACGUUACUUUGAAUACAACAUUUAUCGCGGUUGUUUGUCAGCCGAUGCCCCUAAUUUUGCCUUUCAAGCAAAUGUUGAGGACGGAAGCUGCAAACUUCCACUGACCAAUCUAACAUUCGGUGGAGUAUACCAGGUAUGUCAGAUGACAGCAGGAUCCAACGCCGGAGAUUUGUGUGGAGGUCUUAGUCAAGACAAUCCUAAGACGGGGCAAUAUUCGUGCCCAUCAAAUUAUCGAUCGGUGCAGCUACACUCAGAAACUUUUAAGAAAAGUUACACUACCCGACCAUGUCACCAUUGUGGCUGGUGGAGUCGAUGCUGCCAUACAGAAUAUCAUUUAUCCAAAGCAACAGUUACAACUUAUUGGUGUGCUGCAGAUCAUUCCGUUCCCCAAGAUUCUGGAUAUUUGUUUGGUGGAAUGUAUUCCUCCCAUAUUGCUAACCCUUUCACAAAAGGUAAAGAUUGUCCUGCGAAUUACUACCCAAGAAUGGUGGGCAGCGAUUUGAAAGUUUGCAUUAGCGAUGACUUCGAAAUGGCGUCCAAAGAUUCGGUGCCCUUUGGUGGGUUUUACAGCUGUGAUAUGGGUAACCCCUUAGCUGUGGCAAAAUCGGACUCGUCUUCAUCCUUGAAAAUGAGCCCCCUCAACACAUUAAAGGAAUAUUACAGAAAGCGUGGCGCGAGUGGAUGGCCCAAGGGGUGCCCGAAAGGUUUCAGUGCUCAUUUAGGUAUAAUUGAUCAAGAAUGUGCUAUCCAUUACUGUAUUGUUUCUGGUGCCCUUUCUCCCAAAGGCCUGCCUCCAAUCAGAAGACCACCCUUUUCAAACAGGGCUGUGAUCAUUCCUGCAAUAGAAACAGACUAUAUCUUUAACAUUAAUAAUGGGACAUGGGCGAGGGAUAUUGGAGCAAUGGAGAUCAGCAACACACCAGCAAAGAGUGAGGAUGAAAGUUCGUCUAUGAAUCCCGGAGUAGCAUCGGUUAUUUCAAUUCUCGGAACUUUGGGGUUUGUUGGAUUAAUCAUUGCUGUGUUAGCGUUUGUUCGACAUAGGCGCACCUCCCAAUCUACUUACGGCGGAAUUGGACAAGAACAUCUUGUUAACAGUCAGUCUGGAUAUGGUUCCACCGUAAAUGCGAAUACUGCAGAACAGAACUGUUGAUUACUUAAAGCGCAAGAAUUUUCAGUGACGGUUUUUAAUUCAUAAAGAAACUCAACCAUCGUAAAACUGAGACUCUUUGUGAUUGCUUAUCUUUAUUCGUCACAUGUAAUAAUUAACUCCUCCGUACUCUUGAAAGUUGACUUAGAGUACUUGAGAACAUUCAAACGCCAAAGCGGUCCUGAAAGGAAAAUUAAUUAUCAAAUUUGACAGCUUUCACAUGAUAUUAUAAUUAAAAUACGUUCAGGGCCAGAUCCUCGAAUUCUGGUGUGGGCUAAAUGGAGUUUAACGAAGAAGAGUUAAAAAAAAACUUAGACAUUGAUUUGCCCCAAUCAGUGUUCGUGGAAGACGAAACUUAAAUUCUGCUCAUAUUAUUUUUUGUGUGUAUUUAUGUAAAUUGCCUAUACACUAAACUGAACACUAUAUUCGUCACGAAAGUCUUUUAUUUGAAUUUCCCAUAAUUUGUGUUGUUCUUAUCGAUAUAGAUCUGAAAGAAAGUAUACGUGUGUAUAAGAGUUCUGGAAAAUCUUAAUAUUUUAAAUUUUAUUUUUCUUCUUGUUGAAGUUCAUUUAUUGUAUAUUUCGAAAUGAUAUGAAAUGAAAUGAAAUGGGGUAUGCAUGUGGUUAUUAUGUAUAACACAUAAUCUUAUUUGUAUAUCACGCAGUAAUAAGCCCUUCUGUUGUUGCUUUUGAAAAACAAGGUGCACAUCUUUGUUUUUUAUUUUUUAAUUUUAAAAAUAAAGUUUUGAUAAUAAAA